AGAGCACUGCCUGGCUGGUGUGAGGAGUAGCCGUGAACACAGAGGGGGUGGAGAGAUGAGCUUCAGCAGUGUCCAGCCUCUCUCCCUGACCUCACCUUACUUCACUCCCAUCCCGGGUGGGCUGUUCCCAGGCAAGAGCAUCACCGUGUCAGGCACCGUCCUGCCCAGUGCUCAGAGGUUCCACAUCAACCUGCGCUCCAGGAGUGAUAUCGCCUUCCACCUGAACCCCCGUUUUGACCAGAAUUCUGUGGUCCGAAACACCGAGAUCAAUGGCUCUUGGGGGACUGAGGAGACCCACCUCCCCGGAUCAAUGCCCUUCAACAGAGGACAGGGCUUCUCGGUGUGGAUCACGUGUGAGGAUACCGGCUACAAGGUGGCGGUGAACGGUCAGCACCAGUUUGACUACAACCACCGCCUGCAGGACCUGCCUGCCAUCAACAUCCUGGAAGUGGGAGGUGACAUCCAGCUGAGCAGCCUGAAGACAUAGGCAGGAUUCCUGGCCCUGGAGAGUCAGCUGGAGCACAUCGCUUUCGGGAUCCCCUCAUCACCUCCACCUUCCCUGUCCUGUCCCUGUCCCUGCCCCAGUCCUUCCCAGCCUGCCGAGGAUCUGCAGACACCAGGUCCCUGUAUGGCCCUGCUUCUGGCUGCAGUGCCCCUGGGAUGGAGUUGGGGUGGAAAAGGCAGCUGGCUGGGACUGCCUUCUUCAGCCUGGGCACCACCUGGGGCUCCAGCUGGCCAGUCCUAACAUCUGAGGAAGGGUGUGGUGUGUGCAGCCUGAAGACCCAUGUUCUGUCCCUUGGGCACAAAGGGAGGGUCUUGGGCUUCCCAAGCUCCCAGCCUACCCCUUGUCUACCUUGGAUCCCAUUUCCCAGCCUCCAUUCAAGUCCACCUCAGGCUGAGGCCACCACCUGGUCACACACAAGAGAGGUGGUCUCCUCAGGUUUCCUCUUUCUCCAACCUUUAACCUUUCCUUGUACCAUCACCAACCCUUGCUCCUUAUAAGAAAGAACCCUGACUGACACCUGCUGGUCUCCACCAACAGACAGGACCUCUUCAGCUGGAAGCCCCCCUUUUCCGUUGUCCUUCAAAUAAAGUGAGACAGAAAUAUCCCUGGUGGCUCACAUGCA